AGCACAGCCCAUCCUACAAAACCUCCCAAAAAUAAUUCCUCCUCAUCUUUACCAAUUACACCAACACCAUUGUUUGUUUGGUGAGAGAGAGAGAAUGGAAGCAAUGAGUGGAUUGAGCAGCCCUUGCAAUUGCAUUUCAUCACUACCUCACUCCUCCUCCACCACCACCCGCCACCAGAACCUCCUCUUCCGCCGCAACAACCACCACCAGCAAAAAUUAGCUGCAUUUCACUCACAAUCCCAUCUUUUUUCCACAAAAUGCCCUCUCAUCUCUCACUCACUCCCUCGAAAAAAAUCCUUCAAACCCCACAUCUUCCUUCCCCACUUGGUCGCUUCCAUGGAGCAAGUUGAGGAGACUUACAUUAUGAUUAAACCAGAUGGGGUUCAACGUGGCCUUGUUGGAGAGAUAAUUUCCAGAUUUGAGAAGAAGGGUUUUAAAUUGAUUGGAUUGAAGAUGUAUCCAUGCCCUAAAGAAUUAGCUGAGGAGCACUACAAGGAUCUCAAGGCCAAGUCAUUUUAUCAGAAGUUGAUCGAAUACCUAACUUCUGGUCCUGUUGUGUGUAUGGCUUGGGAGGGUGUUGGAGUUGUUGCUUCAUCACGUAAGCUAAUAGGAGCCACCGAUCCUCUUCAAGCUGAACCUGGAACUAUUAGAGGGGAUCUUGCUGUUCAAACGGGGAGGAAUGUGGUUCAUGGAAGUGAUAGCCCUGACAAUGGCAAGCGUGAAAUAGGUCUGUGGUUUAAAGAAGGUGAAAUAUGCCAAUGGACACCUGCCCAGGCACCAUGGCUAAGAGAGUGAUCUUGUGACCCGUUAUUUUGUGAAUCUACUGAUAGAGUGUUGCACAGCUUUGAGGCUUUAUUUGUUCUGGCUUGGGACAUGCAUUUUUCCGUGUGCUUCAAAUGUACUUAUUCUGUAGCAAAAAUUUCUGUAGGAUGUGUAUUUAUCUACAUUCACAAUCACAAGUUUUUGAAUCAAUUACAAGUUGCUGCUGAAAUAAAAUUGCUGGUGAUUAAAGAUUA